AUGAGCCGUGUAAAUGAACAAAGUAAUAAUGUCUCAACAAUUACUGUAGUCGAAGAACCCAUCGAUCCAACGAUUGCAGUGCAACAACUUACCCUUUCUCCAGAAUUGUCACGUGAACCACGUGUACGCUGGUCUGCAGAUACAAUAGAUAAUGAAUUCUUGGGUAGAUGUAAGUCGAAAUGUUGCUGUAUUUACAAAAAAUCGAAAAAAUGGGAUGAAAGUUCUGACAGCGAGACUGAUUCCGAUUGUGAAACAGAUCAUUGUCGAGGACAUGUAGAAAAACGUUUUCGCCCAUUAGGUGAUGAUGGAGGAGAAUCCGAUCCAUCGUGCCCUGCUUAAUUGUCGUUUAAUUUGUAAUUUUUGUUUUGACGACGAAACUUAUGUAAUAUAAAUCGUUUGUGAAGAGUACAACAAUCUGGAAUCACUUCCUAAUGAGGCAACAGAUGGCGACAA